ACAGGGGUGUGCCAUUGAAUGGAAACUAUGCGACCCACCCACUUUAGCAAAUACAUAUUAGCUUACAGGCUAGCUACUUCCUGAGAACAGUAUUCUCUGGUAUUCUCCUGUGGUUCCGAGGGUACUCCUUAUUCUGUGGUCAUUUAUCACCAAGCCAAAUUUCAGGUCCCGUCCUAACGAUGAGCUACCCUGGGUAUCCCACACCGCCGGGAGGCUACCCACCCCAGGCCAGCGGUUACCCGCCCCAGCCGGGAGUGUACCCACCCCAGUCCGGUGGCUACCCACCCCAGCCGGGAACGUACCCACCGCAGGCCGGUGGGUACCCAGGCCAGCCAGGAGCCUACCCUCAGCAGGCUGGAGGUUAUCCUCCCCAAGCAGGGGGCUUCCCCCAGCAGCCAGGCGGAUACCCUGGUGCGCCUCCUGCAGGUGGAUGGGGAGCUGGCGGUGGUUUUCCCGCCAUCGGUCUGGACAACCUGAACCUGAACAACCCUGCAUUCAAUCCUGCCAAUAUGGCAGGAAUGGCCAACCAGAUCUCCGCAGCCAUGGGAGGGUUUGCCCCCAACCCGUCCAUGUUCACUCAGGCAUCCGGUGGGUACCCCACCCCACAGCCAGGCGGGUAUGGUGCUCCCCCCCCUAACCAACAGCCUUAUGGCAUGUACCCCCAGCCAGGAGGAGGCAUGCCCCAGGGCCCGGGGGGCUAUCCCACCGCCCCUUCCCCGGGUCAGCCUAUGCCCAGUUACCCAGCAGCCCCUGCGGCCAACCCGUCCAUGCCGGGCUUCGGAGGAGGCGCUCCGGUCGCUCCGCCCGUUAACAGAGGAUUCAGAGGGACCAUCAAGGACUUCCCAGGAGCCGACCCGCUGAAGGAUGUGGAGGUUCUGAGGAAAGCCAUGAAGGGGUUCGGCACCGAUGAGGACGCCAUCAUUAAUCUCCUGGGAAGCCGCAGCACCAAGCAGCGUGUGCCUCUGCUGAUCACCUUCAAAACCGCCUACGGAAAGGAUUUAAUAAAAGACUUGAAGUCUGAGCUUUCUGGGAACUUUGAGAGGCUGGUCCUGGCGAUGAUGAAGACCCCGGCGCAGUUGGAUGCCUCCGAGCUCCAUGAUGCCAUCAAGGGUGCAGGGACUGAUGAAGCUUGCCUCAUCGAGAUCCUGGCUUCUCGCUCAAACGCAGAAAUCAAAGAAAUCAACGAGGUCUUCAAAAGGGAUUACAAGAAGAAACUGGAGGACAUGAUCGCCAGCGACACCUCAGGACACUUCCGCAGGCUCUUAGUAUCUCUGGCUCAGGGUAAUCGAGAUGAGAGACCGAACGUGGACAUCUCUUUGGCCAAACAGGACGCUCAGGCACUCUACGCUGCAGGGGAGAAGAAGCUGGGAACUGAUGAGUCCAAGUUCAACGCCAUCCUGUGUGCCCGGAGCAAGCCUCACCUGAAAGCAGUGUUCCAUGAGUACCAGCAGAUGUGUGGCCGUGACAUCGAGAAGAGCAUCGGCCGGGAGAUGUCUGGAGACCUGGAGAGCGGCAUGCUGGCUGUCGUGAAGUGCAUCAAGAACACGCCAGGCUACUUCGCUGAGAGGCUAUACAAAGCCAUGAAGGGGGCAGGAACCAAGGACCGUACCCUCAUCCGCAUCAUGGUGACGCGCUCGGAGGUGGACAUGUUGGACAUCCGCCAGGAGUACAUGAGGAACUACCAGAAGUCUCUGUACACACACAUCACCGGCGAUACAUCAGGGGAUUACAGGAAGCUGCUGUUGAAGCUGUGUGGCGGGAACGACUAGAGGAGUCUGCCGUUAACCUCCGGGCUGAUAAAAUAGGGAUGAGACGGUCUGCGUCACCUUUCUGGAGCACAACGGAGACGAGCUCGACCAUUCAGAGUACGUUGGUACAUAAAAACCAAUAUAACAACAGCAACAGUCUUUGGAUACUUUUUGGUAACUUGGAUUUCCUGUGGGUAUUGGCCCGGGUGUUGCAAGGAGUAUCCGCCAAUCAGUCAGCGUUGUUGAAUUGUUUAUUACAGCCUAAUUUGUGGUUGGUUGAGCUCCUCUCUGACUUGUCUCGAUUUUUAUUUUGCCUGGAUUCACUCUCUCGGCUUCUAUCGCACCUCCUUAUAUGCUUGCAAUACGUAUUUGUUUACUGGUUUUAGACGACACUCUGACAUAUUGCAUGUUUUUUGGUAAAUUGCACUACUUUACAUAUCAAUGCCAUAUCUUAUAUUUGCAGCUCUUGUUUUUAUAGUCAUGUGAGUUUGCUUUAGAAAGUAUCUUUUCGUACAGCGUGUCAAAUAUGCUGGAUAUCAAUGGAUUAUGUGUUCGAAAGAAUGGGUCAGUUAAAACCGUAUAGAAAUUUAAGAGGUAUAUAUUUUAUAAACUGUUGUAUAACAUUCAUACUUUUCCCGGUGCCAAUGUUACAUGUAUGGUUUUCCGACUGAAAUUAUUUAACAAUAUGCCAUAGAGCUGAUUAAGUGUAUUUAGAUUCUCUAUUGUCUAAACAAUUCAAUUGUGGUUUACUUAGUGAAUAUAUGCAGACAAUUAUUGAAUCACAUUUAAAUCAUAUCAAUUCAAAUACGUCCGGCUAUUGUGCAACAUAAAUUCUUUCGCUUAACAAUCUCAUUUCUGCUCAAAUAUGUAUUUCAAUGCAAAUAAAAUGCAGGAGACCUUUUAUGGUAAA